AUGUUCAAAACUCAACCUCCUUGCAUUCGCCGAGGGGAGCUAGACGGCGGCGCAACGCGAACGCUCCACCUCCCCCCGCCCCUGCCCCGCAGGGUCCCCUGCCCCACCGCCAGCGGUCCCCGACUCCUCCCACCCCAGUCCCCUGGCUACUCCCCGCUCUCAGCUGCUCCCCAGCCAGCCGGCUGUCCCCAACUAGGCACCCCGACUCCGGCCCCGCCCCAGGUGUUCCGGACCCAGCCCACUGGUGGUCCCUACCCUACAGGCCAGGGGCCAGGUCCCCAGCGUCCCAGCCCUGUGCUGGCUGCAGGCAGCCGUCUCUCCGCCCCACUUCCUCCCCCUGCGCCCCCUAGAUCCCCACCGGCCAGGCGCCGGCUCCAGCCGCGCGCCCCCUGCCCACGGGCUCCCUUCGCCAGCCCCCGGCAUCCCUGCCACCUACAGCAUGGAGCCGAACGCAUCGGGCAACGCGUGCGUUACCGGGCUGGGGCUCCAGUCAGGGCUACACUCCGGACGCACGCCGGCCACUUCUCGGCGCCGGUGGCCGCGCUGCUGGCGGCGCUCAGGGCGCUGCUGGCGCUGGCCACGGUGCUGGGCAACUCACUGAUCGUGGUGGUCUUUGCCGUGGACCGCAGCCUGCGCUCCAGCGGCAACUUCCUCCUCAAUUUGGCUGUCGCCGACCUCCUGGUGGGUGACUUACAGAGCUCAGAAGGGCAUGACCAGGAAUAUUGUUUUCGAGUUGGUGGGUGGUGGCAUUCCUCGUCUAUGGACCUGCCAUCAUCGGUUGGGCAUAUGUGGCCAAAAGGAGCAUCCUGCCUCGGGGGGAGUGCUAUGCUGAGUUCUUCUACAACAGGUACUUCCUGAUGACGACCUCCAUCAUCGAAUUCUUCACUCCCUUUAUCAGCGUCACUUACUUCAACUUGAGCAUCUACAUCAACAUUCAGAAGCGCACCUCCCUGAGGAGGAACAACAUUGCCCAGAGCCAAGACAA